GCGGGAGGUGAAGGAGUGCCGCGUCGGUGCUGCGUGCUUUCCAGUGAUGGCCCAGAGAGGCUCGGGGAGAGUGCCACCGCUGCAGCUGGUGUGAGUGCCAUGAGGGACGGCACUGCAAAGAAACUGGUGGCAUGGGCGUGCCUGGGAGCCGGGACGGUGAUUCUAACAUGGACUAUUUUCACCAUGGGCAGCCCGCGCUGGCUUCCUCUCUCCAUCUCCGCCUGGAUGAGGAGAAAACCACUGCCAAGGACCCCUUCGGACCCCUGCCUCCCCCAGGCCAUGAGGCAAAGGUUGGCCUCAGAACUCGCCUCUCUUAGCAGGGAUAUUCUCGCACACGCAGACGAAGACCCGCAGCACAGCAAGUGGUCCGCUCAGCUGAACCUGAUCACCUCUGUCCUGGACCCGCGCAUGGGCCAGGAGGACCUCCGACCGCCGUCCCUCGUCUGCCCGGAGUCCUUCGACAGCGCCACCUUCACGGAGCUCGAGUGCGACUCCGCCCCGCCGCUCGCCCAGGUCCUGAGCGUGAUCCUUCCGGCCAGAGGAUGGGACGAGGACCGAGUGUCUCGCGUGGUGCAAGGCCUCGGGGAGAAGCACGACCUUACUGUCAUCCUCUUGUUGGGAAAGGACGACCCCGAGCCUCCCCGCGGUGAGAACCUCCUGGUCCUGCGUCAGAAUCAGUCCCUGAGUACUGGGGCGCUCCUCAACGAAGCCGUCUCCAGGGUGAAGACGUCCCACGUGCUGAUAGGAGACGGCCUUGUGCACUUCUCCUGGGACUUCUCCCCACUGACGAGGCUGCUCCGGGUGAUAGACCGCCUCCCAGCUGUAGGAGUCGCAGCAGGAGCCUACCGCGACGAGAGCGGGCGGUGGAGUCACGGCUGUCUCCAGAGGUCCAUCACGAACUACCACGCCACGUUCAUCCGCGGCUACCAGUACUCGGGCCAGGAGUGCAUGUACUGUGACGACGUCCUGGGGCCCUUCCUGGCGCCGGUGAGCCUUCUUCGACGCCCCUCCCUGGGCAACACGCUGGACGGGCCACUCCUGUAUCGAGACUGGUUCACGAGACUCGGGCAGGAGGGCUUCUUGUACCUCGUGUGUCCGGACGUGAUGUUCUUCGUCGAGGCAGAACCUGUCAUGACAAAAGAGGACUGGAAAGCGUAUGCGACCAUGUGGGUUCUUCAGAGCGUUAGUGGAUUCAACAACAAAGAGUAUGAUUUUUCAUGCACAGAGGUCCACAUAAAUUGUGCGAAUUUGCGUAGUAAGAUAAAUUAUUACCUAAUCCCACCAUGCUGCAGUGAUAUCCUAAUGAACGGCAUGGCCAUCGCUAAUGAAUACGCAGAGAUAACUGGCGUAGAGUACGAGAUGCAUCACGGGUCUCUCCUCGGAGCCGUCAAGUUGGGUUUUUACCUCCCGUGGGACUUCGAUCACGACAUCUACUUCGACUGCCGCGACAGGAGAGCGUGGAAGGCAAUGGGCACGUACCUGAAAAAGACCAAUUCCGGCUGCAGCUUGCGUUAUUCCUCGUCCAAGGUACCUUUCGUCAUUCAGUGCAAGACGUACUUCAUCGACAUGGUGUGCCGAAAGCCCCUCUCGCGCCACACUCUCCCCGAGAUCUACCGGAACGUGAGUACGUGGGUCGAGUACGGGGGUUAUCGGGUCCCCGUCAUGGCCAACCCCGGGGCCGCCGCCAGAGACCAGGCAGGACCAAACAACCUGCGUCAUGCACAACACUGGCGCGUGCCUGACCACCCCGAAGCAGGAGCGUGGCGACCCUGCCAGAAUCCCAUUAAGCAAGCAUGCCUUGAUCGCCAUCCUGCUGAUGGGAGUCUUGCCUUCAGUUCUCCUCCUCGGUGUUUACCUUAAUUUUUGUCUGU